GACUCAGUGCACUCUAAAACCUCUUCACCAAGACCUAGUAGCUAAGAGAAAAAAUUUUGUGCAGACUGCAUGCCGGGAACAAUUUCUUAAUUAAAUGCUGUUAAUGAAUGCAUGUGUGGGUAUCCGUAAUGGGUUACUGUGAUGGAUGGGUUAUUAAUGAUACUUUUGGGGCCGAGCAGCACCGUCUCAGAUGAAAGGAGCUUCAGUCGGCAAGCCAAUGGCGCCUUACCGUCGAAGAAGAGCUUUCAAUGAAUCAGAAGAAAUGCCUACUCCAUUACCAGUAGUCAUGUCUCAAACGGCAACUUCUACAGUUGCCAGUGUAAUUACUUCCACAUUGUCUGAAGAACUACCAGUAACACAGGAAAACAUGGAAGAGAAGUUCCUUCGCAAUAUUUCUGAAAAGACUCACAUUCCUGUCUGGGGAGUAAUAGUCAUUCUCAUUCUUGUGUGUGGCUUAUUGCUCUGCAUCUGCUGUUGCUGCUUUAAGCGAUGGUGCAGAAGGAGGAAGAAAGAUGCAAAGAAAGGACUGAAAGGCGCUGUGGAUCUGAAAAGUGUGCAGUUACUAGGCGGCUCUUACAAAGAAAAGGUACAACCAGAUAUGGAAGACUUGCAAGACAAUAUGGAGGUCAAUGAUGGGGAUCAAGUCAGCGCAAAGUCAGACCUGAAACUAGGAAGACUUCAAUACAAACUCGAUUACGACUUUAACACGAGUAAUUUGGCUGUUACAGUUAUUCAGGCUGAAGAUCUGCCUGGCAUGGAUAUGUCUGGAACUUCAGACCCUUACGUCAAGGUUUAUCUCCUUCCAGACAAGAAGAAGAAAUACGAAACAAAAGUCCACCGAAAAACACUUAAUCCUGUUUUUAACGAGACUUUUAACUUUAAGAUUCCUUAUUCGGAAACAGCUUCCAAAACUCUGGUCUUCGCCAUCUUCGAUUUUGACAGGUUUUCUAAACACGAUCAAAUUGGAGAAGUUAAGCUUCCUUUAAAUACUUUAGAUUUAGCCCAGACUAUUGAAGAAUGGAAAGACCUAACAAGUGUUGAAGGAGAACCAGGACAAGAGAACAAAUUGGGUGAUAUUUGCUUUUCCUUGCGCUACGUACCAACAGCAGGGAAACUUACUGUUGUCAUUCUUGAAGCAAAAAAUCUAAAGAAAAUGGACGUAGGAGGACUCUCAGAUCCAUACGUUAAAAUUGCUCUGAUGAUGAAUGGAAAAAGAAUCAAGAAGAAAAAGACCAGCAUCAAGAAAUGCACAUUGAAUCCAUACUACAAUGAGUCGUUUACAUUUGAAGUUCCUUUCGAACAAAUUCAAAAAGUUCAGCUUGUUGUUACUGUUGUGGACUACGAUCGCAUUGGAACUUCAGAACCAAUUGGCAAAGUCGUAAUGGGCUGUAAUGCGACAGGAACUGAACUUCGCCACUGGAUGGAUAUGCUAGCCUCUCCAAGAAGACCUAUUGCUCAGUGGCACUCGCUAAAAGAUCCGGCAGAUGCCACAGAAUACUGAAGAUGAGGAUCCUUACGUGGCCAAAGCUGCAGAUUACUUGACACCUCGUUCAAAUAAGGAUGAGUAUCAUAUGUAUUCCAUGAAUGUCGUAAUUUUUUUAUAUAUAUGGGUGUGUGUGUUUACAUAUGUAAUUUAAAACUUUCAAAUGCUGUAUGCUUGAGAUUAUGCAAGGGAUUGAAAGAUUUAUCUAAAAGCCUACAACUUAAAAAGCAAAACUAUUUUUUACAACAGUAAAAGUUAUAAUAUUUAAUAUUUAUACACAAAUAUGACUAACAAAGUAUUUUGUAUAAAAUGACUCAGUCUUCAUUCAAAUGUUAUUUUAAAAAAUUAAAUGAAAUAAAAUGAACACAAAUACUUUCAAAUAUUCUUAAAAAAUAUCAUGAUCAUAUGAAAGUAUGUAAUACUCCCCUCCAAAUGCAUAUUUAAAUGUACUACAAAAAAUUGCCACAAAAGUAAGUUUCUAGUAAAAUAAUUCAGUGUAUAGAAUCUCGGAACUAUUACAGUAGGUUCUUUUUCCCCCCUUCCCCAUUUUAGUAUAUACACAAACUUUUAAUUAUACCAUGAUUCAAAAAUGCAUUAUUAUUAUGAAUGAAACAAAAAUAUUUAACAGUCUGUGAUACAUGUUUUCAUAUUCUUUUUCUAUAUUACUGCCAUUUAUUAAUAUUAUUCAAAAAGUAAUAUAAUCGGUAACAGAAUGGUCCAGAAUCUAUAAAAUGUAAAUAAAACAUUUGAUUUCUUUAAAUUAAAUUUUUUUACCAGCAACUUUGAAAAUGCUUUGUAAGUGGCUUGAAAUCAUAGCUUUGUUGUAAAGCAAAUACAGAUACUCAAUUUACUUUUAAAACAUUUCCCAGGAAAUCUUUUUGAACUGUAAAGGGAAUAAAAGACAUCAAAUGACUGUCGAAUGUAGAAAUAAACACUGGAUUUGUUUCUUUAUUUACAAAACAUAACCUUCCAAAUUACACACAUAUAUUGUAAUCAAAUAAUAUAAAAUGUAUCUUGAUGCCCUUUCUGGAGCAAAGUGAAUUGUGUUUCCUUAUUCCCUACAUGAUUUAUUGUGUAUACAAAAAGUAUUUAAAAUACUUCUACUCAGCUUACUGUUAAAAAAAUUCCAACCACCAAUGUUUGCAUCUAGAAGAGCUAAAAUUUUGUGUUUGCAGGUUGGUUCAACCUGCUGUACUUUGUCAUAUAAAAGCAGAAAUUUCAAUGCAGAAACGGGUUCCACAAAAGUUCAGUAAUAUUGAUGUGAAUAUAGAUGUUAAAUAUACUUAUGUUCCUGAAUCAUCACUUUAUUUGAUCUAAUAAUCUUAUGAUUAUUCUAUAAAUGCAGUUGUAUUCAGUGGAAACUACUUUCUUUAUUGUCAUUUAAUAGGAUAAAGGACUUUUUACAAGCAUUUUCUGUUAAAAAGGAUACUACUGCUCUUUAAAGCCAUGAUGAAAAUACACAGCUAAUUAACAUAUAUAUUGUAAUCACAUAAUAUAAAAUAAUAUAAAAAGAUUAUUUCUACGAAAGUCAUCUUUCAUUCUCCUUCCCCCAACCUUCACAAUUUUUAACCAAAUAUGGUUAAAAUAAUUUCCUAUACAAUAUCUUUUUAGAAAAAAAGACAUUCCAAAUUUCACAUUUUUCUAUUAGAAUAACAAAUGACCAAAAUAAAUAAAUAAAUAAAAGAGAAAAUUUAAAUUCAUUCAGAAAAGCUUUAAACGUGAGUGCAAUCUAUUAACAACCAUCUUCAAUGAAAAAUAAAAGAAUUGACUUAACCGAAUUAAAAUCAGAAUACUUCAGUGAGAUCAUAAAAAUCUGCAAAAGGUGAAAACAUACUCAAUUAAAAAAACUUUCCUAUUAUGGCCUGAAUGACAGGUAUAUAGGGGUAUUCAUGAGUUAGAAGUUAACAAAUAAAUUCAGAUUCUUUCAAAGUUGCAUAUAAUUUAAUAAAAAUUGUCAAUUGUUAUUUCUACGAAAGUCGUCUUUCAUUCUCCUUCCCCCAACCUUCACAAUUUUUAACCAAAUAUGGUUAAAAUAAUUUCCUAUACAAUAUCUUUUUAGAAAAAAAGACAUUCCAAAUUUCACAUUUUUCUAUUAGAAUAACAAAUGACCAAAAUAAAUAAAUAAAUAAAAGAGAAAAUUUAAAUUCGUUCAUGCUUAAAAGGAGAGGGGAGCUGGCAUCAUCACAUGGCUAAUGUUCAUUCAAAACAUGCAAGUAUUCAAAAUAACGUAAAAUUAAACCCAAGAUUGGCAGUGGCUUCACAUGAAAGCUCUGCACGUCUGGAAAAUCUGAAGGAUUUUCUUAAUAAAAUGCAAAAGAGUAAUUUUGUUCCUUUAAAUACAUCUGUCAAAUUUGACAAAAAUGUACCCAGCUUUUCCAUAAAACAAUAAAUCUAAUUGUAUAUAGACCAGCAUGUAAUGAUAUGUAAGCUAAAACAUUCUAUUUAAGCAUAUUAUGCUGAAAGCAUGAUUUUAUGAAACCAUGAUUUCUUGUUUCAUAAACGAGUACUUUAUAUUAGUAAGAUUGCAAGAACCACAUAUUCAGUAUAUAUAGAAAGGUUUUCAUAACCUUGUUAAUAUUUCAUAUGACAAAAUAAAAGCAACUACUACUUCAUAUUAAUCAAAACCCUUCCUUCAAAUAACUGAGGAUCCAGUUACGAAUCCAUACAAUACCAGUUUUACAAAAUCUAAUAGCAUUAUUGCUUACAGCAUAUAAAUGUUUGGCAAUUACAUAAAUAUUGCCUUUACAAUAUGUAUUUGCUACAAAGUAGAGAAGGAUGCAUAAUUUUCUGUAUUAAAUGCAAGCUUAUCCAGGUGUGAUGCUAAAAGGAAUAACAAAAAUGCUUAAGUAAUACAGGGAUGCCAUUUAAAUAUAUCAGUCCUUACACCAAAAAUUUCCUCAUUGUUAAAUGUGGUAUAAAAGAAUAAGAGAUGUACUUUAAGUUAAUGAACAGUAAAUGGAAUUAAAAACAGAAUUAUAUAUGCAGAAUGCAAGUAAAAAGUAUAUACAAACUCUAAUUAUAUAUAAAUAGAAUGCAAAUAAACUAUCAUAUAUAGGUAAAAUAUAUGAAUAAUACAUGAAAAGAAACAAAUAUUCUGUGACAUUUAUUACUGAAUAAGGAAUUCUUAACAAAAUAAAACGGUUUAAAAAUAGUCAUUAAAAAUUUCAACAAAUACCCUCUCCACCAAAAUAACAAUAUAAAUUUAUAUAAUGUUAAUAACAAAAAGUGUCUACCCUUUUUUUUAAUGGUUUUAUCUACCAAAUGGCACCCCUGUCAAUAUGGCUGCACAGCCAUUAAUGCCGUGAUAUGUUCUUCACAUGUGCCAUGUUGUUGUACAGUAGUUGUAAAUUUUGAGCAAUCUAUGACACAAUAAGUAUGUGUACCUUGCAAUAUGCUUUGCCAUAUAUUAUUAUGUAGAUUUUAAUGCAAUAGAUAAAAUCACUACAGGCAACUUUGCACUAAAAUGAAUAUAAUUUUAAUGAUAUAUGUGUAGGAGUUGUUAUUUAUGCAUAGAAACUCUUGUUAUUUUCCAGCAGUUCAAGAUCACCCAAAGAAAAGGUCUAAAUAAAGUUUUCAGAUGUAGUUAAAUUUUUUUUUCAUGGAAUUUUUUAUAGUUUGAAUAUCUAGGUUAAUGGAAAGUGUAAUUCUUAAAAUAGCACAGCAGAAAAUGUAUAAAUUUGGUUUAGUGCUAACGUUUUAGAAAAGCCAUAAAAUAUAUUUAUACAAACAAGUACUUUUGAUGUACAUAGUAUUUUAUAGCAUGCAGAAAGUUUUUUUAAAAAAUUAUAAGACUGGGAAGUGGACCACUGAUAACUACAUGUUUAGAAAUCUGUUGAUUUUGUGACACUUGGUAUUUAUCUAGUAAUCGCUUGUAUACAACACUGUAAUUUAUACACAACACAUUUGGGAAACAACAUUAGAUGUCUUACAUGCUCAAGUCAUUGUAAUUCACAUACAAUGAUUUUAGCAACUUUAAUGUACUUUUUAAAAAUAAAUGCACUUAAAUUCAUUAAUCAUAUUUUGCUGUUAAUAUUACCAGAAAAGUAGAUACACAAAUAGCUAGUUCAAUAUAUUAAUGUUCUCAUUUUCAUAAGAUGUAAAAUAUAUUUAUACAAAAUGCUGCAAGAAAAUUAAAAUAUUUCAUCAAAGAUUAAAAAAUUAACUUUUAUAAAGUGUUUCAAACACAUUAUUAAUAUACAGCUCUUAUAAAAAAAACAAUUACACGAUAUAAUACUUAAGUACUUUUUUAAUAAAAAAGGUCAUUUCACAUUAUUUUAAAGUAUGACCUAUGUUAAAAUAAAGUGAAAAUAUAACAGCUAAAAUCAAAAUUUCCUAUUUUUUUAAACAAGCAAAUAUUUUAAGAAAAUUUACUAGAAUCUAAAAGAUGUAAUAUGUAUUAAAAAAUAACAUCAAGCAAAGAAUUAUAGCAUAAAAAUGCUGAACUUCUAAUGAAAUAUAUAUAGAUAUUUAAGGCAGUUUUUUGGUAAAAGCAUAUAAGAUGAAGGAAAUUAAACAGAAUUUUACAUCUUAGUUCUAAGAAUAACAAAAUUUCAAAACAAUAUAAUAGUAAUCAAUAUUAAAAGAAUAUAUUUCUCAUAAAACAUACAACAUAAAUAGCUUAUGUAUAUUUGGAAUAUGUAAAAAGCAUUUUAUAUUAUCUAUUCAUAUAUAAAGUAUUUACGUUACUAGACAUAUAUGCAUGUAACAGUCAAUGACUUCAAUUAUAAAUAUAUCCCUUAAAAAGCUUUUAAUCAAUAAUUUUCUCAACAACAUAGAAUAUACGCCCAAGAAAUAUUAUAUGACACAGAAUAAGAAGAAACUGAGCUUAUUCAGAAUCAACUAUGUUCCAUAUCAUAAAAUGUAACUUUAGAUGCCCUUACUCUAAAGGCAAAACAAAGUAAAAAUGACUUGUAUAAUAUAUUUUUAUUACUCAACAGACUAUUUUUCUUGACAGCUUUUCAUAUUCUACCAUUUAGAUGAAAUUUUUGUGAGCAAUUUUCAGAAAACCUCAUUAUAGUUACACAUUUCUACAAUACCAGAAAUGAUAUUUAUAAAUUUCUACUUUAACAGAACUUAUAUGCAUGAUAUUAUACAAAAAUUUGAAAGUAAGAUAAAGUGAGUGAAGCAGUACUUCAUAAACUGAACACUCUAUGUAACUUUUUAAGAAAUUUGUCAGCGUAUGCCCAUGUCACAUAACAAAUAAAAUGAUUUUAAGAAGGAAAUGCAGCAAUAUCUGAAUACAAAGACCCUUUUAAUAGUUCAAAAAUUUCUCCCUAUUAAAACAUGAGUAAAUCUACAAAAUAAUCAUUUCUAUUCAGAUUUUUCCCCUAUCAUCUAUAAGUAUUUUGAUUCUGUUGUCAUAUAUUAACAGUUCCUGUUUUAUGUACAUAGGGAUUUUUAAAAUUUAGCUCUUUAUAUUUAAAUUCAGAAUCUUAGGCACUCACUUUUAAUAUUGAAGGAUAUACUUCUUGAAUGUAAAUUUGACUUUUUGAUGUAUAUAACUUUUUGAUGGGUAUGUUUCGUGAUAAAGCUUAAAAUGUGCAUUUGCCAACACCAAAAAUGAAGAUUAAAGUAUUUACAAGCAUAAUUUACUAUACAGCAAAUAAUUUAACAACUUCAGAUAAAAUUCUUAAUUUUUAACAUUUCAUCUAUUUCAUUAUUUAUUGCAAAUCUUUUUGUAUAUAUAAUAAACUGACAUUGUAAGUGCAGGAAAUACCAUACUAUAUUUCUCUACAUAAACUUUGAAUUAAUUACAGCAUUUUGAGAGCUGAAUGUAACAAGAGUUUUAAAAGUGUUCUCUAUUUGGAAGCAUUUUAUACAAUUCCUUAAUCACAGUAUUGUUAAAAAAGUGUAUUUUGUUCCUAUUUAAAGGCUUGCUAUAUGUUUUUGCUGUAUUUAUAUAUGUAUUUUAGAUUGUAAAAUAUAUAAAACUGUAGUGUGAUUAUAGUUAAUCAUUUUGUUCAAUGCAAUAUAUUGUAAAUAAAAAAAUUUAAGCUGCAA